CCGACAGCUGCUUCCUGCUUCCCGCACGUCUCUGCCGCGCGCUGCCAGUCCGGUGGUGCUAGCCCCACCCGAGAGCCCUUCGCGUGCCACCGCCUGCUCGGCUCCUGCCCGCACUCCUGCCUCGCUCCACCGCCAGGCCGGCUCGCUCGCGUCCGCUCCCGGAGCCCACACCCCACGCGACCCCCUGCUCGCCCCGGCCAUGCUGUCCUUCCAGUACCCCGACGUGUACCGCGACGAGACUGCUGUACAGGAUUAUCAUGGGCAUAAAAUUCCUGACCCUUAUGUUUGGCUUGAAGACCCAGACAGUGAGCAGACAAAGGCUUUUGUGGAGGCCCAGAACAAGAUUACUGUGCCAUUUCUGGAGCAGUGUCCCAUCAGAGGUUUAUUCAAAGAGAGAAUGACCGAACUGUACGACUAUCCCAAGUAUAGUUGCCACUUUAAGAAAGGAAAACGGUAUUUCUAUUUUUACAAUUCAGGUUUGCAGAAUCAACGAGUAUUAUAUGUACAGGAUUCCUUAGAGGAUGAAGCCAGAGUGUUCCUCGACCCCAACGUCCUCUCUGAUGACGGCACGGUGGCGCUUCGAGGCUAUGCAUUCAGCGAAGAUGGUGAAUAUUUUGCCUAUGGCUUGAGUGCCAGUGGCUCAGACUGGGUGACGAUCAAGUUUAUGAAAGUCGAUGGUGCCAAAGAGCUUCCAGAUGUGCUUGAAAGAGUCAAGUUCAGCUGUAUGGCCUGGACCCAUGAUGGGAAGGGAAUGUUCUAUAACUCUUACCCCCAACAAGAUGGAAAAAGUGAUGGCACAGAGACAUCCAGCAAUCUCCACCAAAAGCUCUGCUACCAUGUCUUGGGGACUGAUCAGUCAGAAGAUAUUUUGUGUGCUGAGUUUCCUGAUGAGCCUAAAUGGAUGGGUGGAGCUGAGUUGUCAGAUGAUGGUCGCUACGUGUUGUUAUCAAUAAGGGAGGGAUGUGAUCCAGUAAACCGGCUCUGGUACUGUGACCUGCAGCAGGAAUCCAAUGGCAUUACUGGAAUCCUGAAGUGGGUAAAACUGAUCGACAACUUUGAAGGAGAAUAUGACUACGUGACUAACGAGGGGACAGUGUUCACGUUUAAGACAAAUCGCCAUUCUCCCAACUAUCGCGUGAUCAACAUCGACUUCACGGAUCCUGAGGAGUCUAAGUGGAAAGUGCUUGUUCCUGAGCAUGAGAAAGAUGUCUUGGAAUGGGUAGCUUGCGUCAGGUCUAACUUUUUGGUGUUGUGCUACCUCCAUGACGUGAAGAACAUUCUGCAGCUUCACGACCUGGCCACGGGUGCUCUCCUGAAAACCUUCCCCCUUGAAGUGGGCAGCAUUGUGGGGUACAGUGGUCAGAAGAAGGACACUGAAAUCUUUUAUCAGUUUACUUCCUUCCUAUCUCCAGGCAUCAUUUAUCACUGUGAUCUUACCAAAGAGGAACUGGAGCCAAGAGUCUUCCGAGAGGUGACUGUGAAAGGAAUCGAUGCUUCUGAUUACCAGACAGUCCAGAUUUUCUACCCUAGCAAGGAUGGUACAAAGAUUCCAAUGUUUAUCGUACACAAAAAGGGCAUAAAAUUGGACGGCUCUCAUCCUGCUUUCUUAUAUGGCUACGGUGGCUUCAACAUAUCCAUCACACCCAACUACAGCGUGUCCCGGCUGAUCUUUGUGAGACAUAUGGGCGGUGUCCUCGCAGUGGCCAACAUAAGAGGAGGUGGUGAAUACGGAGAGACGUGGCAUAAAGGUGGUAUUUUGGCCAACAAACAAAACUGCUUCGAUGACUUCCAGUGUGCGGCAGAGUAUCUUAUCAAGGAAGGUUACACGUCUCCCAAGAGGCUGACUAUUAAUGGUGGUUCAAAUGGAGGCCUCUUAGUGGCUGCUUGUGCAAAUCAGCGUCCUGACCUCUUUGGUUGUGUUAUUGCCCAAGUUGGAGUAAUGGACAUGCUGAAGUUCCAUAAGUAUACCAUCGGUCAUGCCUGGACCACCGACUAUGGGUGCUCUGAGAGCGAACACCACUUUAAAUGGCUUAUCAAAUAUUCUCCGUUACAUAACGUGAAGUUACCAGAUGCAGACGACAUCCAGUACCCAUCCAUGCUGCUCCUCACUGCCGACCACGAUGACCGUGUGGUCCCCCUUCACUCCCUGAAGUUCAUUGCCACCCUUCAGUACAUCGUGGGCCGCAGCCGGAAGCAAACCAACCCCCUGCUUAUCCACGUGGACACCAAGGCGGGCCACGGGGCUGGGAAGCCCACAGCCAAAGUGAUAGAAGAAGUCUCAGAUAUGUUUGCAUUCAUAGCGCGGUGCCUGAACAUUGACUGGAUUCAGUAAAUGGAAUUUCCCUCUCCCUCCUGACAGCCGCAGAAAACCUCAAGGGCUUUCCCACCGUUAAAACCGAGAAACCACUGGGCAUAACACUUCCCCACGGGAACACUAUUCCUGCACACACAGACUGCAGUUGAACAGAACUGCUGCAGGAACAAUUUUAUCUUUUCUAGGCUUCUCCUUUUUAGCAAGCCCUUGGCCUUUUGGGGUUGUUGUUUUUGUUUUUUGGUUUUGUUUUUUUUUUUUGAUGGCAUGUUUGGGUAAAUAACUAAAUGGCAGCCAACACAUCGUGAAUAUUAGAUUGCUGAAUUCAGAGUCUAGUCAGGCAUACUUCAUGUAUAACAUCUCAGUGAAAUUUGCUUCUAUAAUCAUAACCAAUAUAUCUCUAAAGAAACAUGAGAACUGUUCUCAUGAAAGACUUCUUUGCAGCAACAAUAAAUGUUAUUUAAGAAAGGGAGGCUCUUUUUCCGCUUCCUUUGCGUUGAGGGCAACUCUAGAAGUGCGGUCAUUCUGGAUUAUGUCACUUUUCCAUGGAAGUAAGCGUUUGGCCUUUCCACACAAAUUAAUUUCUGAACAAUGAAGUCAGAAUGUUAGCACUGGAAAUAAGUUGAAGGCGUCAAUUCCCGCUCCUUUGUUCAUGGGUGAUGAAGCUAUUAGAGGUGGUUCACUAUCUUACAAAUUAGCUCCUCAGCCAGCUCCUAAUCUGGGGCUCUUGGUUUGGAUGCCUCCUUUGAAAAAUCAGUGGACCAGAAACUAAAGAUUAUGCACCUGUUUGUCUACCAAAGUGGUCACAAAGCAUAGCUGGAAAUCAGAAUACUAGGAUAUAAAACUGAGACCACAUGAGUGAACUAUCCAAACAUACAUUUAUCCAAACUUAUCUUACAAUGAGAAAUUUCAGCAUUUCCCAAGCUAACCCCCGCCCCCACCCCCCAACCC